AUGAGUGCGGCAACGCUAUACGUUCGAGCGCGCUCUUCUGAUAACGCUGACGGAAAGAAUCGCGUGGCCAGGCGUAACCUCGUUGUCUUCGAGAAAGUUCGAGAACUGUAUCGUAGCCGCUUCGGAAGCGCGACGACGGCGCAGAAAAUUGUGAGCGACUCGUUAUUGCGGCGGCAAGAAAAAUUUGCUCCUUGCGGACGCCUAACGUCUCAGUGUGAACUACAGGACAUCAAAGACGGCGUUGCAGAAACGUUGCAGAGGACGACCUUUCUCAAGAGCAACCAGCCGGCAAGUGCCUCCAAGAGGGACCACAGAGUAACUGAAAGAAUGCUGACUGCUCGUGUAUGCAGGGCGGCCCCACGGUUCGAACAACGGGAGGGACGGACAGCCGGGCAAAGUUCCGCUUCGCAGCGGACAAGGCAUCUGUCGGGCAAAGGCCAUGCUGACCUUUCGUGCGUCAUCACCGGGUCAGGCAUAGAAGGCAGCAUGGUAGCCUACUAUACGAGCGGGGCCAGCAAUGUGAACGCAUCGGAGACGUGACAUGUUGCAUCGUAAUCUUUCUAUUGCCUUUCGCUCUGCCAAUGUAAUUUCUAAUAAAACAAUUUCAUACACACUAAACUGU